UCGUCCAAAAUGAAAUAACAGCUUGUGAGAUUUGGUAGAAAUAUUUUCUGAAAUUUUCACCGACUGUGUUCGGGAAUCUUGGCAGGCUGAUAACUAACCACCUGAGCUGAACACAGUGACAAGUCGACGAUUCGAUUUUUGAUUCUUAAUUGUUUAUCGCACAUGCGAAGAAUCAUGGAUUUGUAUGUGCGUGGACGUAUAAAAAUAUGUGCUUUUUGAUAGAAUUUUAAAAAAGUUGAUGAAAAGAUUGACGUACGUCGAAAUUAAAUAACCAAAAAGGCCUUGCCUUCUCGAUAUUCUCGGGCAAACUCUGUAAUUCGAGAAACGAAUCUUUUUACAUAAUUCAAGUGUUAAAAAUAUUUGGAAAGUUAGAAUUGCCAUGGGAAAGCAUUGGCACGUGAGUAAACGUUGAUAAAAGAUAAACAAAGAAAAAUCGAUAAGUUCAACUUGACUGGUGAGAACGCUCGUCAACCCCUUCGACAGUUCAGCUUAUCACGAUGACGGAAAAUCGUCAGAUGCUGGAUCAGGGCUAACCGGCUUUCCAGUGAUGGCCCAUGACAGCGAUAUCGACGGUUGGCAAUUGAGGCAGCUCGAUUUAGCGUCUCGAGAUUUUGAUCGCACCGGCAAAACCACUCGAACUAUCAGAACACGUGGAAAUCAUGAUUUUCAAGAAUACGAGACGCCGACCAAUGCACGGGAAAACGAUUCUUUCCACUUUCCACCAAGGACUCGAUUAACGCGCUCCGGACCAGCUGUACGAUCCCACGAUUCAACAAGAUGCCCGGGAACGUUUGAGCCGAAUAAAUUUGCUGCACCAAGAUCCAUAAUCGAAGCGAAUUGCGGGGAUUUCGAGGUUCUCAACGGCCAUCUUUCAUCCUUAUCGAUCACUGAGAAGCCCAAACAUUACAAUCGUUCUCGCGACCGUCACGAUGGGCAUUACACUUAUCGUUGUCAGCCCUUGGCCUCACCCCCGACACCCUCUACACUGUUAUCGUCGAGGGCCAAUUCCAAAUCGUCCGUUAGAGUAGUUUCUUGCACUAUUGGGGAUCCUCGAAGUUUUGGGGAUUCGAACGGUCCUGGAGAACAACCGGAAAUUCAGAGAUACGCUCUGAACGGAACGAAAGUCGUAGAGUUUUCGGCCUCGAGCACCAAUCUUUCGGGGAACGAAACGUCGAGGAGUCAAAUGUCUCAGGCGAAGAAGCGAGCCUGGGAGGAAUGGGUGAAAAGGAAAAGAGCCGAAGAGUUGCGAAGAAAGGAAGAAGUGCGAAAACUCGAGCUCGAACAACAGGAGGAGGAAAAUCGUUUGGUGAAAGAGCGCGAAGAACGCGAACGUCGCGAACGCGAAAGUUUUUUACAAUGGAAUGAAAGAAAGAGGAAGGAAGAGGCGAGCAAACGGGAGAAUAUGGAACGCGAAUUGGAGUUUGAGAGGAGGUUGAAGGAAGUCGAGGACAAGGCAAUCGUCGCAAAAACGAUUUACCUUCGGCAGUGGGCACGAAAAAAAGAGGAGCAGCAAAAAGCAUUGCAAAGAAAGCAAGAAUUAAGGAAGAAGCGAGACGAAGAGGAGCGAAAAAGGCGUCUCGAAGCGAGUCAAAAGGCGUACGUGAAGUGGAAAGAAAUAUCGAAGAAUCGACCGAAACCAGCGACUCAGGGGCUCUUACCCCAUCAGAAAGCGAAACCUUCUUAUAUUAAUCCAAAUCCUUGGGUGGCGGAUGACGUCGAGCCCGAAGAAACGACGAAGAAACAAUCAUUAGAAGAAAUUAAGAAAACACUAAUUACUGCAACCAAAAGCGAUUCCAAAAAAAGUAUUCUUUCAAAAUCGUAAAUUUCGAAAGUUCCUCGACCGUUUUAAUCCCCUUUCAAUGCUUCGUUCGAAUUAAAAAAAAAAGGAACAUAAUGCAAUUGCAAUAAAACUCUCACAAACGAUAAUAAUGAUUUAAAAAAUCAUUUUAUACAUUGAUCGAAAAAAAUAUAAGUUCAAGACAUAUAUCAAAGAAAAAUGUACUCGAAUUCGCCAUUUAAUUUUAUUUACGUUUUUGACGAUUAACGAAAUAAAGGAAAUACUAAAAACUUCAUGAAUUUGCCAAAUACUUCAUUUUCGGACACAAUUAUUCAUGUUUUAAUCGAAUUAUCUAUAAAUUAUCGGAAAUUCAGCACUGCUAAGGUAUAGAGUUGAGCGAAUGUUAGUUAUUCAGUGAAUAUUAGUUCUUCACAACUGUCGAUGGUCGAAAAUUCUUCGGUUUUGUUUUCUAUAAACUAAUAUUAAAUCGUUCCUUCAAAUUGACAUUCCUACCAAGCUAAUUUGUGGAUUAAAAAAACCUUUUAGGAAAUUCAUAUUCAGAUGUAUUAUUUUAUCUGUAGUUUUCUGAAUAAACAAUUAAUUCUAACUGGAGUCCCAAAGAAUUUCAGAAUUUUCGGUAUGAAGAAUUUUUUUUAGAAUCGAACUCAUCCAUCAGACUUGAACAAAAUACCAAUAAUGGGAAAAAUUUCAAGUAAAAAUCAAUCUUCGUGGUGACUGGACAAUUAAAUUUCAAUAUCGGGUUCACUCACUAAUUGCAAAGUAGCGCGUUCCAUUUUCUGCACGGCCUUGAGAAAAUAAACUAAAAUCGAUGGCCAAAGUACUAUUUUUCCUCUCAAGUAAAUGCAAAUUCUCAAUACUGCGAUAAAAGUUAUUUUUGGUGGAAAAAUUAGCUGCAUUUUAUGACCAACAAACAGAUCGAUACUGACUCAGCUGUUGUAAAUGCCAGAGCAAUGUGUUCGAAUUCCGAAACUGCGAAUUCAAUCACAUUACGCUCGAAUCGGAUCAAUAAAAUCACUUUGUAAAAUGGA